AUGAUCAUCACCUGUGACACCCAGGAUUUUGUUCCCUUUGGCCGGGAGCACCAUGUCCACCAUCCUGGGCUCGUUGAACUCCAGGUUCAGAAUCGAUCAGCUGCAGAAUGCUGGAAGCUUCAGAGCUGCACUGGUGAGAAGUGUGAACCGUGUGAUGAGGAGUUGUACAUUAAAGAUGAUACUGUGAUAUGGAGCCGAGGGAGUGUGGGCUCCAGCAGGACCAUCAUCAAAUCAUUCAGCAUGGAUUCCAAGAUCAGAGAGGUGAUGUGGUGUAGUUUUGUGCUGCCCAAGGGCCAAGAGGAUGGUGAAGAGGGGAUUGUUGAUGAUGAUAUUGAUGGUGAGGUCCAGCACGGUAUCUGCAUACAGCUAGAUAACUGCCUUCACGUCUUCGUCAACUCAGGGAAGGAGUAUAUUGCAGCAUUGCCUUUUCAAGUAGCACGAGUGUGGGAAAUGAAAAAUGGUCUUCUCUUAGAGAGGGCUCCAACUCAAGCUGAGGUUGUGGCAAGCAAAAGGCAACUGGCGGUAGAAUUGGAGUUUGGAAGUAAAGAUUGUCUCAUAGUCAAAGCUGGCUGGUCCUUUCAUUAG